AUGCAUGAUAAUCGCAGUCGGAGACAUCACCACGUCAUGGAGAUCGCCUAUGUCAUUUCACCCAAACUCUCAACCCCUAAAAUGACGAAAGCGUGCGGGCCAACGUUGAAGGACUGCCCAUCUGGUCAGCUUAAUCGACGGGCCUUCCUGGAUAUGUACACGCACUUCUUCCCCGACGGAAAGGCUAAGGACUUCUACGCCCACCUUUUUCGCACCUUCGAUCAAGAUAACAGUGGCCAGAUCGAUUUUUCGGAGUUUCUCUCCGCCAUCAGCAUAACCCAGAGCGGUGGUCCUGAGGAGAAACUUGGCCUUGCCUUUCAACUCUACGACAUUGACGGGAACGGACAUAUUGAGGAGUCAGAAAUGAAUGAAAUCAUCAAGGCCAUCUACCUGAUGGUGGGCGAGACGGACCCCAGUCCCGAGAACAGUUCGGAAGUGAGGACACACGCGAUAUUCAAGAAGAUGGACCUCAACUCCGACCACGUUCUCUCCAAGGAGGAGUUCAUUCGAGGCUGCAUCAACGAUGAGCACCUCUAUAACCUGCUGGCCAGUGCCGGCAGUUAG